UAGGCCUAUAUAUAUAUAUUAUAAACACAAUCCUUCUCCUUUCGUCGUCUCAUUCCUUAAAAAGAGGAAAGUUGGAAGAAGUAUCUGAGCAUAAACCCCAAGGUAUCGCGUUGCAGGUAAUCUGAUCUCACAAGAUGGGUGGAAGUGCUAUAGAUGAUGACUGGGAGCUUACUUCGCCAUCAAAUGGGAUUCGCACUGUGGUUUUAGUUGGACGUACAGGUAAUGGAAAAAGUGCAACUGGCAACACCCUUCUUGGAAGGAAGGCCUUCAAAUCAAGGGCUAGCUCAUCUGGCGUUACUUCUACUUGUGAACUGCAGCGCGCUGUCAUGACAGAUGGUCAGGUUAUCAAUGUCAUUGAUACUCCUGGUUUGUUUGAUUUUUCUGCUGAAUCUGAUUUUGUUGGCAAAGAAAUUGUCAAAUGUAUUACCAUGGCAAAGGAUGGAAUUCAUGCAGUCCUUGUUGUAUUCUCGGUUAGGACACGCUUUUCACAGGAAGAAGAAGCUGCACUUCGUAGCUUAGAGACUUUGUUUGGAAAAAAGAUAUUUGACUACAUGAUUGUAGUCUUCACUGGAGGAGAUGAACUUGAAGAUAAUGACGAGACAUUAGAGGAUUAUCUUGGCCGCGAAUGUCCUCGACCCUUAAAGGACAUUCUCACUCUCUGCAAGAAUAGGCGUGUGCUUUUUGACAACAAAACUAAAGAUGAAUCAAAGAGAGGUGUACAGGUUCAGCAGCUUCUAUCGCUUGUAAAUUUUGUCAUAGCACAAAAUGGUGGACAACCUUACACGAAUGAGUUAUUUAAAGAGGCAAUCAAACUGCAUGAUCAACAAGAAGAAGUUGAUUCCUCAAAAGGGUAUUCUAAAGGGGAAAUAUUGGAGCUAAAGGAGCAGAUGCAUAGGUCAUAUGAAGAACAGCUCAAAAAAAUAACUGAGAUGGUUGAGUUAAAACUUAAAGAGACAACAAGCAGGCUUGAACUGCAGUUGGCAGAAGAGCAAGCAGCACGACUGAAGGCAGAGGAGAAAGCGCAAGUAGCCCUAAUGAAAUCAAAUGAUGAAAUCCGGAAGCUCAGAGAAAACUUAGAAAGAGCACAAAAGGAGACAGAGGAACUGCGUAGGCAGGCAGAAAAACGUUGCACCAUUCUAUGAUGCAGUUCAGAAGGUGACAGAUUCCAUAGAGUAUUUAAUUUGUCUGUGUUUGUUCAUAUGUUUUUUUUUUGAAAGUAUACUGCCGUGGAUUCUGAGUUGUCUAUUUGGAUGAGAUGAUGUAUAUAAAUGUUUAGCAUGGCUGCUUAAGAAACGCCAUAAUUACAUCUGCAAUAGAUAUUUGGGCAUUUUAUCU